UCGCUUCUUCACUUUCAUCUCGUUCACCUUGCUCACUCUUUCUUCGUCUGAGUUUCCUCGAACGUUUGUGUGGGACGGAGAGAUCCUACAAAAGACCAAGUCUCGUAUUCAACAACGCGAACCGCAACUAAUGCCGCCCUACUAUACUCUCAUUAGAAAUGCCAACGAGCUAAUGAACAAAGGACCAUGGACAGUCAUGUCAAAGCCAAUGACACCACCGAGUGGUUCUAAGCACGAUUACGAGAGUUUGGGCUCGUAUUGGUGGCCCUGCAAUAAUGCAACCUUCCAGCCCACUUCACAUUGCAAUAGGACGACUGGACUACCGUGGGUGAGAAGAGACGGAGAACACAAUCCUGAGACUGACAGAUUUGAUUCACCGAGUUUAGGAGCAAUGACAAGUGCGGUAGUGAUCUUUGUUCUCAAGACUCUAUCACAAGCAUAUUUCUUUUCUGACAAUGAGAGCUACGCCGAGCGUGCAGUCUUCUUCCUGAAAACGUGGUUUCUCAACGAGUCGACAUUCAUGCACCCAAAUAUGAAUUACGCUCAAAUGAUUCCGGGAGUGACAGACGGAAGAGGAAUAGGAAUUAUAGACACUGGGAGAUGGUACGCGUUGAUUGAUGCCUUUGGACUGCUCGAUGGGUCGAAGUCGUUGAGUGAUGAUGAUCAGGCAAGAUUACUGAACUGGUAUCGAUCAUACGUUGAAUGGUUAUGGACGAGCAAAAAUGGAAAAGAUGAAUACCAUGCGACGAACAAUCAUGGCACAUGGUAUGACACUCAGUUCCAAUCGUGUGCACUAUUUAUUGGCAACAUGUCAGCAGCAAAGAUGGUGGCAGAUAAAGUUAUUGACAAAAGGAUCAAAGUACAGAUUGAGCCAAACGGUAGUAUGCCUUUGGAAGAGAGACGUACGAAAUCAAAAAGCUACUGCACAAUGAAUCUGCAGGGGUUAUUCAAUUUGGCAUCUGUAGCCAAAUACUCAGGUAUCGAGUUGUUCAAUUACACCUCAUCUGAUGGCCGCGGCAUCAGGCAAGCAUUUGAGUUCAUGGUACCAUAUGCAAUAGGAGAAAAGGCGUGGCCUUACGAGCAAAUCACGUCCUACUCAUGGGGUUCAAUGUUUGAGCUAUUUAGGCGAGCAUCCAUUGAAUACCAAAAUCCAACGUAUGAACAAAUGAUCAGUAAGUUACCAGAUAUUAAUCCAGACAAUGUCAUCAAUCUUCUGUACCCCAAAUUAUACUAAUCCACAUGUGCCCUGUUGGGUGGACAAAACAAUAAAUCAUAAUUCAGUCUGUGGAAUUUGAUUUGUUGAAUGAGAUAGUCAUUUGUAUUGCA